CUUCAACUUGUCAGCCCUUCUUCAAGUUCAUCUUCCAUUGUCAAUCCAGCUCUGAUAGGGUACGAUAUGCCAGAUACACUUCCAAAUAAGACCCCCGAGGAAUCUGUGCCAGUAACUAUCAUAUCAACACCUGUGAGCCACGAUCGAGCACAAUCAUCACUUGAGGCGUUCAAGGCAAAGCUCCGAAACGCAGGAUUGUACCAGCCUGCCUCCGAUGACACAGCUGCAUCCCACGAUGACCUAACUUUACUGCGCUUCCUACGAGCCCGGCGGUAUGACGUAGACAAAGCACAAAAGCAGUUUUCUGACACAGAAGCGUGGCGCAAACAACAUAACGUUGACGAGCUAUUUCGUACCUUUGAGGCUAACGAGAUGGAAUCAGCCAGGAGGUUCUACCCUCGAUGGACAGGUCGUCGCGACAAGGCUGGCCUGCCGGUCUAUGUAUACCGUCUUGCCUCCUUAGACGCGUCGCUGCGGAAGGAACUCGAGUCUGUGCCUUCAGACCGCCGAUACCAGCGAAUUGUUGUACUUUACGAGGCGAUGACGCGCUUUGUACUGCCGUUAUGCUCCCAUCUCGCUGCACCAACACCAGUAUCAUCAGUGACCACUAUAAUUGAUUUGGAGCAGGUAUCCUUAUCUGCCAUGUGGUCUCUACGAAGCCAUCUUCAGGUGGCCUCUACGAUGGCUACGGCGAAUUAUCCAGAGACCCUCAGUACAAUCGCUAUUGUAAACUCACCAUCUUUCUUUCCUACAAUAUGGAACUGGAUCAAGACCUGGUUCGACGAAGGCACUCGCAACAAAAUUCACAUCUUGGGCAAAGAUCCGGGUCCUACUUUGAGAUUGUUGAUCGAUGAGAGGGAUAUCCCACAGUCGUAUGGUGGACAACUGUCAUGGAAGUUUGAAGAUGACCCAGAUCUGGAUGAUGCUAUUAAAAAAGCUAUUGAUGAGAUGCCAAAGGGUCCUGUACUUUUUGUAGACGGUUCCACGGUGAAAAUCUCAGGUUAGUUCUUCGCCAGAAU